UUAUCCCUUGUGCAUUUAAUUUCAUUUUCCGCCAUCUCAUGAAUUCUCUCACCUCUCACGAGUUUUAAAUUUGGGCAUCUAAAAACUCCUCUCUCUCUCUCUCACUCCAUUUCUAUUUCAUUUCUCAGUGCAGCUUUUGAAGAGAUCGAGAAAUCAGUUGCCAUUUUUUUUUGGGCAGAGAAAAACUCAGCAGGGGGAAAAAUGUUGAGAUUGAUCACAGGAAUAGCAGGGCCCAGUGGUUUUGGAUCAGCUUCAACUGCUGAACAGGUUACUCAUGAAAUUGAUGCUUCCAAUUUCACUGCCAUUAUUACAGGUGGUGCAAGUGGAAUUGGAGUGGAGACAGCAAGAGUAUUGGCGCUAAGAAAAGUGCAUGUUGUUAUUGGGGCAAGAAACAUCGAAGCUGCAAAUGAAGCGAAACAGAUGAUUCUUAACGGCAACGAAAAUGCACGAAUCGAUGUCCUGAAACUCGAUCUCGCUUCCCUUAAAUCAGUCAAGGCCUUUGCUGAUAGCUUCAUUGCUCUUAAUCUUCCUCUCAACAUCUUAAUAAACAACGCCGGAAUCAUGUUUUGUCCUUACCAGCUCUCUGAAGAUGGUAUUGAGAUGCAAUUUGCAACGAAUCAUCUUGGUCACUUCUACUUGACUAACCUUCUCCUUGAGAAGAUGAAAGAUACAGCAAAAUCUAGCGGCAUUGAGGGCAGAAUCUUGAAUUUAACCUCGGUGGCACACCUCCACACUUAUGAAAAAGGGAUCCAGUUUGAACAUAUAAACGAUCAAAGCAGUUAUCAAGACAAGAAAGCGUACGGACAGUCAAAAUUAGCCAACUUAUUGCAUGCCAAUGAGCUCUCUAGGCGCCUGCAGAUUGAGGGAGCUAAUAUAACUGUGAACUCAGUGCAUCCAGGGCUGAUAAAGACAAAUCUCUACAAGCAUUCUGACAACCUGAUAAAAUUCUUGGGGGUGGCCACAUGCUUGCUAUGGAAGAAUGUUCCUCAGGGGGCAGCGACAACUUGCUAUGCGGCACUCCAUCCGAGCUUGAAGGGUAUAUCGGGGAAGUAUUAUGUUGACUGCAAUGAGUACCAGCCGGGGAAACUUGCAAAAGACGAAGGUUUGGCCAAGACGCUUUGGGAUUUCAGCCAAAAUUUAAUUAAUGCAAAAUCUUGAAAUUUGCUUGCUUUGAGUUUGCCUAAACCUAGUUUUGUUUUGAUUUGAGACAGAUUAUUAAGAUAUUUUACAUUGCAGUAUUCGUUUUUAUCACUGUGCGCCCGAUGUUCAUUCCAUGCUACAAUCUCUCUGAAUCAUUACUUAAAUCAAAAUUCAAAUCAGUUAUAGUUCUAA